AUGAGUACCCCACCCACUGCUGCUUCUGCAACUCAACCGACAUCCUCGAAUAGACCUCCCGUAACUCUGGGGCAAGCCACACACCUCGACCCAGGAGCCUACGUCCGCAGCACUCAUGCCAUCACGCUCGGAGACCACAUUCUCGUCCACCCACGAGCCCAACUCGUUGCAAUCCACGGACCUCUCUCCAUCAGUGACAAAUGCAUCAUUUCCGAGAAAUGCGUCAUUGGUGGCCCCGCACCAAAUCCAAGUACCGCUGCAGAUCCUGGUGCGAAACUUUCAGCCCAAGGCGGCGGUGACGAUGAAGGAGAUGAGGCCAAUGAUGAACGUGACCCCGUGAAGACCACGAUCCACGCAAACGUUUACAUCCAUCCCAGCUCGCACAUUAAUGCCGGCGCCACGAUCAAAAACGCAGUGGUCAUCGAGUCGCACGUGACAGUGCUCCCCGGUGUUACAAUCGGCGCACACGCGAAGAUCUGUGCCGGUGUGACUGUCGACAGGGACGUGGAGGACUGGACCGUGCAAUACGGGAAUGGAGAGAUGAAGCGAAAGCGACGGAAAAUGGCCACCAUCGCCAACGAGGAAGACCGGGAUGCCGAUGCAGAGCUCGUUGAGACGAUGAGGCUUAAAGCGAUGGACAAAGAGCGAGAGGGGACGGUUGCUAUUUUCAAGAUGGCGGCUAGAAUGGCCAGUAUGGCGAAGAAGAAGUGA